AUGUUUUCCUGGCUAGCAAAAGCCUUUGAUACCGCUCUCAGACUACCUGGGACCAUGGAUCUCAAGCAAGUCUCAGGCAUGAUCAUUGACGCUUUCGACAAUGUCAUGGGAAAGGACUCUCAGGGCCUGCAGGAAAGCAGACAUGCACCUAAGAAAAAAGAUAAAGCAAAGGAAUUGAAGUAUUCUCGGCAGGUCGGUCCUCCUUCCGUCCAUUUCUCUCUCCUUCUUAGUGUUCGUUUCAGCAUUGUGUUUGUGCACCUGAUUACAUCGGCGUCUUCGCACAAGCAGGCCAUGCACACGGUUGCCCCCGUCAACAAAACCCCACGUACCUCUAGUGGACUUUCUUUUCCUUCCAACAUCCGCCCCGUUAAACCUUGCCACUCAUCUGGCGAUUCUUCAUACAAUUCCUACACUCCAUCCAAGAUGGCUGAACUCGCAAAGGAGUAUCCCGUCGCUGACGUGGAUGAUGCUGCUGGCUUCAUGGCCUUUGCUCGAGCUCUUAGAGAGAAGAAGGCUCGUGAGGCUGCCGCUGCGGCCAAAACUCAGGCUGAUCAGGAUACUUCUACUCAGCUGAAUGGCUUCGCUAAUGGUUCCAAUGACUUUGGCGGACAGUCUCCUGUUGAUGCCAAUGGAUCUGCUCCCGUGUCUGCUUCCAACGACGCGUGGCCCUCUGAAGCCCCCCACUCGCGUAAUGACGACGGCUUUGGUGACUUUGAAAACAACACUGAUAACAACGACACGACUCUGAUGCCUGGCAUCGUUGAAGGCGCUGAAGCUCCCAAGACCUCCGCUUCCGGCUUCCGCGGCGAUGCGGCUGAGUUCAUCCUGCAGGAAACUCCUGUUGCAGCUUCUGAGAAUGCUGUCUCAGCUACUAAGUCUUCUGACCAUGCUGUCGUUGAAGAGGAUCGUGAGAACCUUACUACCUUCAAGUCUUGGGGUACCCCUGUCGCGCGUGACAAGCCAGCGGCUCAAGUUAGACGCGUCAUUAUCAAGGGACUUCCUUCCGCUUGGAGUACUCCCGCCAAAGUUCUGUCACUUAUCCAUGGUGGUAUGGUUGAGAGCAUCCACAUCACUCCUACCGGCAACCAAGCCCAUAUCCUUUUCUGCGACCACGAGGCCUGCAGGGCUUUCUUUGACAAGUACCCCAAUGGCAUUGACAUUGACAAGGAGAAGAGAAAAACCGUCUUCGUGGAGAUGGGCAAAGAAGUCGAUGUCAUCAGCUCUCAGCUUUCUUUCAAUCUCUCCAUUGGCAGCACCCGUGUUGUCCGCGCAGUUGGUGUCAGCAUGAACAUCAACAUGGGCGAACUCCUUAAGUUAGCCGGCACCAACAAUCGCAAGGUGGAGAAGAUCGUGGACUCCUGCGUCCCUGGAGAGCCACGCAACGUUGUCUUCCGCUUCUGCAGUAUCGAUGAUGCUGUCAGAUUCCGCGCGGCCAUCCUUCGCGAUGCUGAUUGGGAACAUUGCAACAUCCAGCACGCAGCGGACCCUUGCGAGCUCGCCACCGGAUUUCAUGCCGAUUGA